AUGCUCGUCCUCUCUGGCGCGAGCGCCGCGGGCUUCGCGGCGGCCACCAACGCGCAAACUGCGCAGCUGACACCGCGCAACGAACCGUUCCGGCUGCUCUACGCGCCGCACUUCGGCAUGUUCCGACACCAUGCCGAGUCGCUGGAGGACCAGCUGCAAUUCGCUGCAGAGCAUGGCUUCCGCGCAUGGGAGGACAAUGACAUGGGCAGCCGUGACGAGGCGACUCAACGCCGCCUCGCCGCCAAGAUGGAGAAGCUUGGCAUGCAGAUGGGUGUGUUCGUCGCCCACUGCGACUUCUCGAAGCCGACGUUUGCAUCAGGCCGCAAGGACCAUCAGGACCUCGUGCUGGCCGACAUUGACAGAGCUUGCACGAUCGCAGGGCGCGUGAACGCGAAGUGGUGCACGGUGGUGCCUGGCCUCGUCGACCCACGCAAAGACGCCGGCUACCAGUUCAGCAAUUGCGUCGAGCUGCUCAAGCGAUGCUGUGAGAAGAUCGAGCGGAACAGGAGUGAGCUGGUCAUGGUCCUGGAGCCGCUCAACUUCCGUGACCACCCUGAUCUGUACCUGACCAAGAUGGCGCAGGGCUUCGCGAUCUGCCGCGCCGUUGGCAGCCCCCAUUGCAAGAUCCUCGACGACCUGUAUCACCAGCAGAUCACCGAGGGCAACCUGAUCUCAAACAUCGACGCGUCUUGGCCCGAGAUCGGCUACUUCCAGUGCGGGGACAACCCCGGCCGCAAGGAGCCUAACACUGGUGAGAUCAACUACAAGAACGUGUUCAGACAUAUCCACCAGAGGGGCUGGAAAGGCAUCGUCGGAAUGGAGCACGGCCUCUCGCAGGGAGGCAAAGAGGGCGAGCUCAAGUUGAUACAGGCGUACCGCGAUGCCGACUCGUUCUAUGACGAACAUUACGGAUUGGAGGGGGGUGGCGGCACAUAG